AUGUCGGGCAAUCCCAACGAUCACGAUCCCAAUCGUCAGGGUGAUUUAAAUCGCCAGGAUCCUCGAGAUCCUCGAGAUUCAAGAGAUCCUUGGGACCCUAGAGCCACCCAGUGGAACAAUCCGGAUGAUCAGGCUUCCUACCCACUUCAUAGUAUCCGCCAACUUCCUACCCUCCGCCACCUGACCAGGACCGUGCCUACCAAUAUCCCCCUCCCGCACAAUACGCGACAUCACAGUAUCCCCCCCUCCGCACGCAAGAUUCCUACCGUCUCCCACCUCCGCCGGGUCCUUAUCGCGCCGAUGCAUAUGGACCCCAGGCAGGACAAGGGCCUUACCAGGCAGCAGCUCCCCGACAGCGGACGGCCAUUGCAUGCCGGUACUGUCGGCGCCGGAAGAUUCGUUGCUCGGGAUUCGAGACCUCGGCAGAUGGACGAUGCAGCAACUGUGUUCGAUUCAACCAAGACUGUAUGUUUACUCCGGUCUCUUCGCAAACCCAAGCCUUUGUGCCUGCCCACACCGCCUACCCUCAUCUACGACCUGGACAAAAUGGACCAGGACCAGGGGGGCCGUGGUGGACCGCCUGUCCUGUACGGCGCUCACGGACAGCCUCUGCCCCCUCAACAGCAGCCACAAGGCCCCGAGACCACCUUGCCGCCGCCUCAAGGGAUGUACUAUCAGAACGGACGACCUCCCAUGGACGGUGCCCCGCUUCCCCUUGCGUCAACUAUGCCGGAUCCGAGACACCGUCGAGGCUCGAACUCGGGGUUUGAGUACCCAGAUCCAACCAAUCUGGCUCCCGUGACACCCGCUGGGUCUGCUCCAGGAUACCAAACUCACACUACACCCAGCCCUUACGCAUAUCCCCCUCCGCCUGCCCACGAUCGACGCACCUCGCCGCCAUCGGCUUAUAACUACGAUGCACGCCCCUCCUCCUCACCUCACGGCUCGCCCUUCCCACCUAUGCAGGCCCACCAGGCGCCUAUGACUCCACACCAGGGCAGCGUGCCCCCAGUUUCGGCUCAACAGGGCAGCGCGCCCCUCAAGUCAAGUGGCACCCCUCAGCCCGGGGGUGUGACGCCGCCACCAAGCUCUACUCCCGGUGGCUCGCAGCGAGGUGGAUUGAACGUGCGCGAUAUGCUGAACCCCGGUGAUUCCCAAGGCCGCUCCAGCACCGAUAGCGACAUGCUCAAUGCUUUGAAUCGCCGAGGCCCGCAAUAG